AGCAGCUAGUCAGCUCGCACACAUUCAAGUAAUUGUCGCCAUACGGCCUCGGCACCCUGAGCACCGCCUUUAGUUUAUUGUUUGUCGACAUUUAAUCGAGUAAGUUGGUCAACGAGACCUGCAUACGUCGCGCGCGUCUUCUUCUGGUUCAUGGUCUGACAUUUUGUGAAGACAUUGGAGGACAGAAGGUGAAAGAUGACGCAGUUCUUGCCCCCGAAUCUGCUGGCCCUAUUUGCACCGCGGGACCCAAUACCUUUCCUGCCCCAGCUAGAGAAGCUGCCCCAUGAGAAACAUCACAAUCAACCUUACAGUGGCAUUGCUCCGUUCAUCAGGCAUUUCGAGGAUCCUCGCGAUGCGCCACCACCAACAAGGGCAGAGACUCGUGAUGAGCGACUGGAGAGAAAGAGGCGAGAGAAGAUUGAGAGGAGACAAACAGUGGUGGAGACAGAACUCAAGCUUUGGGACCCCCAUAAUGACCCCAAUGCACAAGGGGAUGCGUUCAAGACAUUGUUUGUUGCACGAGUGAACUAUGAUACAACAGAGUCCAAGCUUCGCCGUGAGUUUGAGGUCUAUGGCCCCAUCAAACGGAUCUACAUAGUCUACAACAAGAGGACGGGGAAGCCACGGGGCUAUGCCUUCAUCGAAUACGAGCAUGAACGAGACAUGCACUCCGCCUACAAGCAUGCAGAUGGAAAGAAGAUUGACGGUAGAAGGGUGCUGGUUGACGUGGAACGCGGACGCACUGUUAAAGGAUGGCAUCCUCGCAGGCUGGGUGGUGGAUUGGGUGGCACUAGAAGAGGUGGAGCUGAUGUCAACAUUAAGCACUCCGGCCGAGAUGAUGCAUCACGUUAUGAUGAGCGCCCCAUAGGGGGGGGUGAGCGGGAACCCCGAGAGCGGAGGGAGCGCAGCCGGGAGCGCGACCGGGACAAGGACAGAGAGCGCCGAAGGUCCCGAUCCCGUGAGCGGCGUCGGCGCACUCGCUCCCGGGAGCGAGAGAGGGAGAGAGAAAGACCGAUUGGAGGAGGAGAGGAGGUCAGCGGUAGCGGUAGUGGUAGUGGUAGCCGGCGUCGAGAGCGGGAAAAGGACCGUGGGGGAGCAGCAGCAGCAGCAGCAGCAGCAGGAGGAGGAGGAGGAGACAGCAGGAGUAGGGAGAGGAGUCGAGAGCGUAAGAGAAGGAGCAGGAGCAGGGAUCGCAAGAGAGACAGGGAGAGGGGCAAGGGGCUGGAUGGGGAGGAGGUCGGCCAGGGAGACGGUGCCCCAGAACCUGGUGAGCGGAUGCUGGAGGAAAACGAAGGAGAAGUGGUUGAGGGCGUGGAGGAGCGGAAGGACAGGGACAGAGACAGGGACCGGAGGCGCAGCCACAGGGACAGAGAGAGGCGCAGGGGAGACAGGGACAGAGACAGGGAGCACAAGAGGGAGCGGGGGGAGAGGGACAGGGGGGAUCGCAGAGAGGAGCGUCACGGUUCCCUACGAGAUGACAUGGGCCCCCAAGAUGACAUGGGCAAUGAGGAUGAGGGAGGAGCGCCGCCACACAUGGAGGAGUACAGUCAGGAUGGGAUGAUUGACCAGCAGUCAGUGCCAUCGGCUGACGGCUAUGGCUCCAGUGAAAAUGGAUACAAGAUGGAGGCACCGGGAGACGAGUACUGAGACGGUCCCUCUCCCAGCAGACUACUCCUCAUAAAUAAGUUGUUUCAUACUAUUCUUUAACUUUUCCCAAGACAGGAAGCCUAAAUGAUGUCAGGGCUUCUUCAGCACCAGACAUCUAGCUUCCCUCCUAUAUGUCACCAAUCUGUUGAAAUAUUCCUAUUAAUACUGUUGCACGGCCAGUUGAUGCAUAUAACUGAUUUGGUCUCACUGAAGUUGCAGCUUUCCUGCAUUGCCCAACUAAUCCGUGCCACUAAAUGUUUUCAGAUCACUUUUUACUUGAUUCAAUCUAGACAUGCUUUUUUCUUUUUCCAUUUGGCUUGGGAUGAACUGUAAAAACACAAGCUCUAUUCGUUUUUAGAAGGGUAGGUUGUGUUGUCUUUUAUUUCCAGAUUCAUAAAACAGUUGGAUUGUAUGCUCAUUUGGAACCAAGUGACAAAAAUGUCCCUCAAUGUAUGUGAAAUUGAUGGAUAUGUAGUAUUGUGUGACAAUUGAGGGUUGUUCUGUUUAUUCAUUCUGGAAUAAAGUUUUUUUUAAUUA